UACGGUGCAGUUUGUUGUUGGAUUUGAAUCAGUGAAGCAGCUUUUGUCCACCAAAAUGGAACCACUGCCAGCUUCAUUUUACGGGGACAUGUAUAAAAGAAACCCAGUAAUAUCAGCGUUUGAUGGAGACAUAAAAAUAUUUAUGUCAUUUAUGAAACGAAUUAGUACUUUGCCAACCUACGACCACAACUCCUACGCAAGAGGUGCCAAAACUCUGUUUGAAAUAUGGAACAAGUAUAAACCUCGACUACCAACCAACUACUAUGAAGAACAGAUGGUGGAAAUGGCAGAUUUUCUUUUUGGCAUCAAGUUAUACAGGCUGGGUCUAUGGCAGGGCUACUGUCGCUACCUGCAGCAGUUCAGCACUGUGACCAUAGAGGACAUUAGGGAUGUUGACCACUUCAAGUCCUCCUUCUUCCCCAAGGGGUUCGACACAGACCAAGCCAAGCUGACGUUCCGGGCUCUGCAGGGCUGCUGCCUAUGUGCCUUCCAGCUGGAGAGGGAAAGAGGGAGCCAGCCCACCCAGAAGGGGGUCCAGAGACUCCUCAGCAUCCUGGGGUUUGUCAGGAUCAUGAUGCAGGCCGUGCUUCCCCACGAACAUCUCUGCUGGCUUCUUUACAAUGGUUCACUCCAUAUCUACAACAUCUGUAGAUACCUGAUGUCCAUGAGUCGCGCUGCACAGGCUAUGGAGUUCCUUCUGUGGGCCUGUAUCUGUCUGGAGACCUCCAUCCCCCUGAUGACUGCCAGGUUCCUGGCCUGGAGGGCAACUCUGUACUGUGCUGUGUGCCAGUGCUACUACGACAGCCAAGCCAAUGUUCAGGCAGAGGUGUUUGCACGACGAGCCCUGGGUAAAGUCUGUGAGCUGGGCAAGCUGGAAGAGAUGAGUGGUCUACCUGCCACCACUGAGACUCAGAGAGCAUACAAAGUGGCCACCAUUAAGCUAGCAACCAUGGUGUUUAAACGGUCGGUGUAUGAACCCAGGAGGAAACCUAAAGGCCUCUUCAGACACAAGCAGAAGAGUAACCUCAAGGAGAUUCAGAGCAUGCCGUGGCCUCGAACCCCUACAGAGCGACUGUUGAUGGAGCUGUUUGAGGGGAACGCUGCCCAGUUCCUGGCGAUAGUGGAAGCGCUGUGGGACACCUCCCGCCGUCCACUACAGACUGGCAUGCCUGAGGAGCCAGAGAUACAGGAGGUCUCCCUAGAACUCAUGUCUGCAGGCAUCAGUAUACUGUCUGGAAUUGGAGGGUCCACUGAGCGAGCCAGGGAUGACAGUCUCCCCACCUGUUUAAACGCAGUGACAGCCAACUUUACUCUGACGGACAUGGCGGCUGCUGGGGAGAACAAGGUGUCUUUGGAUGCAGCGGUGAAGUUUGUCAAGCUGCUGUUUCGAUAUGAGCAGUGGGACAUGUUCUGUAUCCUCUCUGACACACUGCAGCACACCAUACUGCCUAGAAUGGAGGGGAGGUCUUUCAGGAAGUCAGAGCUGGAGCUGAGGUUGCUGGACUCCAUGGAGCGCCUCAUGUCUACACAGAAGAUCAGACUCAACACCAAGGACGACACUGUGUCUGAAAAGGACAGGCAUCUGGGAGUGGUUAUGAGUGAGGAGUUUGUUGGUCUGGUGCAGGCCUUAUACAGCUGUGUCUGUGGUUCAGCUCAGGAUGUGCAACCUGACAGAGACCUGGUGAUGGACAUAGUGCUGUACCUCUGGUCUAAAUGUAAGAUCAUUUUCCAGAGAGCCCAGGUUCGACACUGGGACCCUAUACACUUCCUGGGCAAGAUGGAGAACCUGGACAAGUGGGUGUGGACCCUGUCUGUGCUCAGUGAGGUGGCUCAUGUGUGUGAGCUGGCUGACUCAGAUCCCAUGGUGUUAGCUGAGAUGACCAUCAGGCUGGCCAUGGUGCUGGAGAGCACUGCUGACUCCACUGUCCAUUCAGGCAGGAAGACAGCCUCAAGCGAAGACGACAGCGUGGAGUCGACACCCACAGAGAAAAACACAGACACCUUUUCAAUGUUCAAGAAGCCGACAGCGGAGCAGCUGCAGUCAGUGUGGAACGUGGUAGAGAGAGGUCUGGAGGGAGUGAUCAGAGGCUGGACCAGACUACUGCCCUGUGAUGGAUCAGCCAUCUCUGACAUGGUUUUCAUGCAGAAGUUUGUUGGGCCGGCCAUGCAUUCCCCUGCAGGAGGAGGAGAAGGAGAGAGGGUGAAGAGUCCCUCCCUGUCUCUCUCUCUCUCUCUGGUCCCCAUGGACCUGCAUCUGGAACUGCUGUCUGUCCAGCACAGAGUCUCCCUCAAGCUGCUCAACACCUGGCCAGCUGAGCUGCAGCAGCAUGCUGGUGACAGUAGGAGAUCUAUGAGGCCCCCUGGUGGUGUGGAGAUACCUGAGAACAUGGCUGACAGAGCCAGAGGAGAGUCAGUGCUUCUGGAGCGGAUCAGAAAGAAUACGAUCUCCAUAGCUCUGUUCCUGGUCCAGAAGGCUCUGCUGUCCCACAGGAAGGACCAGAACAGCAGCGCCACCAAGAGACUGCUAGAGGAGGCUGUUGUCCUGAUAGAGAAGGCAGAGGUGGAGGAGAGGAAGCUGUUCAGCUCCUCUGGUCCGUCGGAGAGGAAGGAGAGAGGAGGAGAGGAGGAGAGAAACACUAGACCUCCUCCUCCUCCUAUCCUCCUGUCCCGUACCUACCACUCCAUGACCUUCACUCCUGCACCCUACGCCCUGGAGGAACAGGUGUGCUGGUACCAUAUCUAUGCACGUGAGGCUGAGGGAAUCAACCUGAAAGUCAGACUAGGAGACAGCAACCUGGUGGGCACUGGAGACGAGGUUCCUGCAUCAGGGGAGCGACUGCUACGAGUGGACUGCUUGGAGCCGAACCAGAAGUAUGUGUUUGCUGUAGCAGCCUACGACGCCGGGGGUAAACUGGUGGGCAAUGCCAUUGGAGAGACAACCAGGCCUCUGCUAGCCUCCCUGCCUCUGCCACUGCUCACCACCUGGGCACACCUGGCACAGGCAGCGUACCAGACAGGGCAACACGCUCUAGCCAAGAGAGCCUGCAGUGAACUGUGGAGCCACUUCAACCAGCCUAAAGGUCUUCAAGAACCAGGGGCCACUUUAGAGGGGCUAGCUCAGACCAAGCUGCGUUUGGAGACUCUGCAGCGCUCCUCUCCUCUCCUCCUCCACCUCUUUCUCUCCUCCAUCCUUAUGCAGACAGAGAUCCACAUCCAGGAGGGUGCGCUGUUCUGUGACACCCUCAGUGACGGGGGACCACUCAUUUGGGGACAGGAGGCCAGGUUGGCAGAGUGUGAGCGGAUGCUGGUGGCCAUAGACCUGGCUCUCUGGCUGAAUGACAGCAGCGCUGCCCUGCAGGCCGUGGUGAGGUGUUAUGGCCUGCUGGCCCCGCUCAUGUUUCACCAGAUCCCAGCAGAGCCUGUUGUACAGGUGCUGAUGAAGUGCCUGGCGGUGCUGACAGAGAUCUCAGGAGUUGUUAAACAGAAACGCCCAGCCACCACUUCAGAGUCUCUCCUGCACAUGAUAGCCUGUAUAACAUAUUAUGUUGCCAAGGCCCUUCGCACCCUGGAGAAGCACCGUCUGGCAGCAACAGUGAUCGAACAGGGAAAGAAACUCCUCCAUGAUAUCCUGGAGACCGUGCAGGGACCCAGUAAGCCCCUUCCAGUGGAGCCAGAUGGGUUGCUGAAGAAGCCAGGCAGCAUCCAGGGAGAGGAGCAGAAUGAACAGAUGAAGGCUCUGGAGGGCAGUGCCAUGAAGAACAAGAGGACCGGAACCUUCAUGCAGCAUGACAGCUCAGCAUGGAGCAGGGCGGUGCCCCAUGCCCAUGAACUGACUGGACAGGAGGACCCCAUUCUGCUGUACCCCAUCGUCACCAACAGCCCUCUGAAGGCUGCUUUCAAAGAUUUGAUGAAGUUCAAGCGCAAGGCGUGCUUCAUGGAGUUUGCUGUGCUGCUGCUCCAGAGGACCAUGCAGGCAGACCAUCUAGAGCUGGUCCUGCAGUGGGGACACGACAUAUUUGGAUGGCUUAGCAGGAGGGAUGAGGGACUGACAGGGCCUAAGAAGGGCCCGGGGGACAGAUCAACCUCAAGGAAAGAACUGAAGAAGUACUCCUCCUCCAUCAUGGAGUACAAGAAGAACAAAGCUAGUACAUUCUGGAGUGACAAGAAGAGGAAAGAGUUUCUCCAGAAGAAACAACUGACUGCUCUGAAAGCACAGAACACAGAGAGGGAGUGUAAGGCGGUGGACACCAUGCUGAACCAGCUAGCCCCCCUGGUGCGCCGUCACCAGCGUCGGAGGCGUCUGAGACAGGUGUGUGCUGAGGAGUGGCUGUGGAGGUGUCACCUCAACCUUAGCAUCGCCAGGGCUCACCUGGGACUACUGAGAAGGAGCCUGGAGAACCACCAGGGCCUUGGGGCCCUACAACACAGCUACAGCCAGCUGCCUCCGUUGUUGUUCUCCCUGGCCCACUCUGGUACUCUUGUGAGGUGGAGGAACAUGCAUCAGCACAUCGGAGUCCCUGACCUGAUCCCCCCGCCCCCCAAAGCCACGCCCCAGACCUGCCUCAGAGCCACCCUCCACAAGGCCAAGGAGAGUGGACAGGCUGCCACCACCACCAGUGGAGAGGACUUCAACACGACAGAGAGCAGUGAGCAGGACAGUGAGCAGGACUCUCCCCGUACCCAGCCCGCUGUGGACUCGGACUAUAGUGAGCCCUCAGUGAUGACCACCUCCCCGACCAGACGCACCGCCACUCAGCUGCUGGAGUCACUCAACAAGGCUGCCCUGCACCUCCGCAGAGCCAUGGUACUUGCCCAUCGUGGGGGCCACUGGACAACGUUGCAGUGUGUGUGUCGGACACUAUGGGACCAGGGCUGUACCAUCACUCUACUAGUAGACAGGGGUACAUCCAUGGAGCCCCCCAUCCCUUUAACAUUGGAACAGCUCUACACUGUCCUCACCCCUUUGUUUGAGCUGGCUACAGACCUCGUCAUGAACAUGAUGGAGACGAUGCAGCUCUGGCAGGUGUUUGAAUUGGAGGAUGAGGAGAUGGAGGCCAGCAUGCACUUCUCCGCCCCUCUGGAUGACGGUACCCUGGUGGACCUGAGAUGGAUCAGGAGCCUCACCCUUCACACCCUUGAGCUGCUCUACCUUGAGGCUCGCUGGGAGACUCUGGCUCACCUCGCCCUGCUCUUCAACACACACACACGAGAGCGCUACACCCACAUGAUCACUCCUAUCCUGGUCCACGCUCAGAGGAGACUGCUAGAGAGGAUCAGCUACUUUGGAGGACCUCCGGUCCCUCAGCCACACUUCAUCAAAACGCAGAACGUCACUGGAGAGAAGAUCACUUGUAAGAACUAUACAGGGAGAGAGUUGCUGAAUUGCUGGACUCCCCCUGCUGCGCCUGCCCCCAGACGAGGGUGCAACACUCCCACCAACCCAAACGCUGAGCUCCUCGAACUCUCUGAGGUGCGCCGGGCCAUGUGUCUGGUGUGUGUUCCUCUGGAUGUGGAGGAUACACUGUGUUGUUUCAGGAAGGCCCUGGAGAAGGGCCAUCACACUCUGCAGAACUUCCAACACAGCCGCACACUGCUACUACUGCUGCUGGCACACACACAGCCCUUGUUUGAGGUUCCAUUCUGUAAGGAGAACAGUAGCAAGGCUCAGGGUCAUGGCAGGGUGGACUUUAACGUGACGGUGGGCACUGCCCCGGCCAUCGGCCCUCCAGACCUGGCCACUGAGGACUACAGGACCCUGAGUUCUAUCUACGGCUGCCCUCUGCCCCCCAACCAGAUACACACCGUCAUCAACUCCUAUAGCAACUCCAUACAGUACCUUCAGGCCAACAACCAUGACUCUCUCAGGGUGCAGGCGCUACAUGACCUGGGAAACCUGCACUAUUAUAAUGGAAACAGAAGGGCAGCUCAUUCCUACUGGAGCAAGGCAGUAGACUGUGCCCUGCAGAGCACUGGGGUGCUAGACUCAUGGGACGGGGUGUCGUGGGGUACAAGUUCCCUCCAACACCAACCCACCCUGAAGCAGGCUGGAGUCUGGGGCUGUCUGCAGGGAGCUUUACUGACCGCUAAGAUCGCACAGUAUGCCUUGACCUCUAAUAUCAGUCAGCGCACAAAAUGCUGCCUCCUAUCUGCCCAGCUUUUCAAGUGUCUCCUGCGGGCCUCCUUGCCCCACCCUCAGAGUGACCUGCAGUACUCAUCCUAUACUGUAGGAGAGGAGCUGGUUCCUGGUCUGGACCUGUUCUCUGAACCUGACCGAGGACACCUGGGAACCACUGUGUCCAGCCUGGCCUUCCUCUGCCACUGGCUCUACACCUCAGGACACCAUCUCACAGCCCUGCCCAUGCUUGCUCUCUACCUGCAUUUUGUGGGGACUGUGUGCCGAGACCCACACCUCACCAUUAAAGGAAGGAUACUGAAGGUGAAGGUGCUGACAGAGCUGGGGCAGUACUGUCAGGCCAUGAAGGAGACGUCCCAGAUGACUCAGGGAGAGGAGAUCCCACUGCCCCACGGAUGUUACAGCGGCAUAGAGAAACAUGCGACAAUCAGAAAGUUCUUCACCAACAAGUCUCUCAUGGACUCUGCAAACAUACAGGCCCUGGAGGACUUAGUGAACCGUCGUCUGGGCACAGAGGCCAGUGUUCUGUAUGGCCCCAGACUGAGCAGGCGUCUCACCCUGGCCAGAGUACAGCUCAUACUGGCCCUCAGCUCCACCAUACACUCCCUGCCUGAACCUCAAGAUAUCUCAGAUGGGGCGGUGCGUUGCAGUGUUGUGAGGAGGACAUCCAGUACCUCAGGUAUCCCUAACUCUCCCCCCGGAGAGAGGGAUAGUGACAGUGACAAAUCACAAGGUGGCUCCCCCACCAGGAAGACCAGGGAGCCCAAAGGAUUGCACCUUGACCCCCAGAAAGACAAGCUCACCCUCAGCAAAUUAAAGGCGUUACUGCUGAGAGAGGUGUGUCGUCUCCUGAGCCCACAGCUGCAGCUCUGUCUUUCCUCUCAGCUCCACUCUGACCCUGAGGAACUGGAGCUGGCUAUAGACACCUACCUGCUACUGUCUAACCUCUACCUGCAGCAAGGCAAAACCGCUUACAGUGCUGACAUGGCAGUGUCUGCUAUGAGUCUGCUCCAGAACUCUCCCAUCACUCUGAGGGGAAGCCCCUCCCCUAUCCACAGACCCCUCUCCUCCUCUCUCAGAAGACAGUCCAGACCUAAGAGUGAACAGGGUAGUAUGAGGGAGGCAGAGCACCAUGCCCCCAGUCCACAGCCAGGUGACUGUCCCCAGGCAGUAGAGGCCAGAGAGAGGAUGGAACGGUCUCUGUGGCUCCGCUGUAGACUGGCUGUGGUACGCAGUCUGGUCGCACACAUCCCUGGCACUGCUAUCUACCCAGGUAUGGACAGCAGUGUGGAGGCCACCAAGCUGUUGAAGGAGGGUCUACAGGAGGCUGAGGUGUGGGGAGACCCAGACACCAGAGCCCUGUUUCUCCUCCAAGGGGCUAGACUGGACACACACAGAGGACUGCCCCGCGAGAACAGCACCUCACUGCUACAGGAGGCAGUGAGUCUUCUGUCGGGUCACUCCUGUCGGCCUCCUGGCUCCAGUGUAACGUUGGCCCAGGCCACUCUACUGCUCAGUGAUCUGAGAGGGACAGGCAGCCAGGCCCUACACCUGCUCACACAGAAACUACUACAGCAACAGCUGUGUGUGUUGGGGGAGACUGUGUCAUUGGGAGAGAGAGGCAGAGUAAUCCUCCCUCCAGCUCCUGGUCUCUCUAACAUCUACCUCCCACAUCUCCCACUACUGGCCAAGGCCACCAUGCGACUGGGUCACUGCUUGGCUGUACAGGCCAUGACCAGCGCCCCUUCCUCCAGCCUGUCUACCCCCAGCCAUCCCUGGGUGUGUGCUCAGGAGGUGCUGCAGUCAGCCCUGCUCGUUUCCCAGGCAUGUGCUACCAGAGACAGGCAGCUGGAGGCUGAUAUCCUCUACUGCAAGGGGAUGGUGGAGCGCUGUCUGAUGUCUCUCAGUGACUUCCAGCCUCAGACAGUUGCGCUGACACUACUGGAGAGCAUCAAUAUCUCUCUGUCCCAGAGUUACAAUCUACAGCUGAUCCGUAAGUGUUAUCUGGAGAUGGCAUUAGUGUAUUUGCACCAGUGGGAGCAGAGCAGCCCGGCACCUCAGGACCAGCAGAACACCGUCCCACCUUCACCACCUACAAAUGCCAUACUGAAGCCUCCGGGUUGGAAGCGUGUCAGGACAACUCUGAACAGAGGCCUGACUCCAAGGGAGGCCUACUUAUUGCUCUACUGGGUCUCUGUCCGAGCUGCUACUAAGGUAAAUAGACUGAACACACACACAGACACACACACACACACUUAUAAUGUUGCGUGUGUUCCUCAGACGUCUGAAGCCAUGUCCACAUGUAGCCAGCUGUGUGGUAGUACCGGAGCUAAAGGAGGACACCUGCCUCUCAUCUCCCUCAAGCUCCUGCCUGACUUUGCCUCCAACGACCUGCUCAAUCCCUGUGGAGGGACAGACGUGAUGGUGAGGACGGUCUCCAGCUCGUCUCCAGAGCUUGAUCCUGGGCUGAGCAGCAGGAAACGCUCCCAGCUCACAUGGGUCCACCUAUCCCGCUACUACAAACACCUGUUCAACCUGCAGCACAUCGCCACGCGCCCAGUGGUGCCCCAGUGUGUGGAGGGCCUGGUGUCCCAGUCAGAAGACAGUAGUCUGGCGCUGAGGUUGGUUCAGCUCCAGACCUUCUUCUGUUCCCACAUGGUGGACUACAGAGAGUCCUGCUGCGCCCCUGAACCCCCCACUGAAAUCAUCAUGCAGCCUCAGAUUAUACAGAUGUGUCCUACAGUGAGAGGCACUAUGGGAGCUCAGAUGUACCCCUGGUCCUUUGCUGACAGGAAGCAGCUGUGUAUCCAGUGGCACCGGCCUGCUCUCAGCCCCACCCAAGAAGACACGGAUACGGCCAUGCUGCUGUUUGGGCUGAACAAAGUGCCACUCUCGGCCAUGAGGGCCACAGCCUGCACUGUCAUAGAGCUGCAGUGUGGACAGAAACUCAUCAGCAUGGCGAAACUGUGUGCAGUCCAUGCUCAGCUGGCCUCAGCCUGUGUUGGGGGUAACGUCUCCUGUCCGCCUGCUGCCAGUAGCGCCGCCUCCUCCCCCAGCCCCAAGAUGGAGAGGCAACGCCGCACCAAGAUCCCAGACAAGGCUGCUACCUCCAGCCCUCACAUACAGAUGCUACAGGAGCAGACCAGGUGCUGCUGUGCUGCUAUAAAGGACUUACUGCAGCCUGGUUCAGAGGCAGCUGUUCUCACUGAGGUUCCGUUUGAGGCCAGCCUACAUAGUCUGUGUGAUCUGGAGCGCUGCUUCAACCCAGCCAGUGGAGCCAUUGUGGAGGGAAACACACUGAUAACAUGGCUCAUCUCCCUGCUCGCCUGAUACCCUAUCGGCACAGCACCAUAGAAAAAGACAAACCCAACGACAGGAAUCAAAUGGCCGAGACCAAAGAUAGCAUAUUGCACCUACCUAGCUAAGUGACUUCAUCAGACUCUUUCACUCUGAAAUAAAUGAGCAUAGAUAAAGAUGAUUUUCGUAAAAACUCAAUUCAAGCGCUUUUCAUUUCUUAUUCUUUAUUAAUGUAUAUGAUUAAGCUCACAAAUCAAAUGUAUAUGAAAAGGCUCAUGUGUUGUCAUAAAAUACGAAUUGGACCUCUUAAAACAGCAGUGGUAAUGUUUCCUAUAACUCAGGUUUCCCCAACUAGCGGGCCGAAUUUGGCUCGCAGGUGGUUUUAUUUAGCCCCGCAAAAUAAAAAAAAGUUUAAAAAAAAGAAGGAAAAAAAAGCUUAUUUAAAAAAUACAUGUUUUAGAUUGGUGGACAUAAAAGGCUGUAAAAACACCAAGAAAUCAGCUCCAAGUGAUUUUAAUUAAAGAAAUCUGUUCAAGGAUUCCCAUGUAAAAUAGAGGGACAUGUGAUUGAAAGCAAGGUUUGAAAUUAUUAUGUUUUAGUCAAUCUUAUCUGUUUGGGCUUCUUGCAGUCAAUUUGCAGUCUACAAAUUAUUUGUAAUUAUGUUCCUGACCAUCGCCUCAAGAAAAUAAAUCCCCUUGUUGCUCAAUAUAGUUGAUUAUCCCUGCUAUAACUCCUCUGAUUAAAGAUCCCAAAUAAAAAUUGGCUUUGAAUUACCAAAACAUGACCCAUUAUAUUUUUUACACUAUUAAGAUGCUCAGCGUUGAAGAAAUGGCACCUUUUCUUUCAUCUCUAACUAUCAGGAAGCCUGAAUGAACAGGUUGAGUGGGCGGGGAGCUGAUAUUCAUGAGCUCGCCUUGACUGACAGUUGGAAGCACCCUUGUGAUCGUUGCCAGGUAACACGGGAAACAAUGGGCCACAUGUCAUUCCGAGCCUAAAUAGUAUACCUCACCCCAUUUUCUCUGCAAAAUGCUCUCAUGGUCAACAGAGCUGAUCAUGAACUGUUGGAUAUCAGACAAACAGCAGCAAUACACAAUUGCAUUUAUCAGACAUUUAUUUGAUAUUUUGCAUAGCCAAAAUAUUGAUUAACACUCAUGAGAAAUAAAGGUUAAAAUCAUGGCAAGACAUCAUUUGACAAUAACAAAUAUAUAUAUAUUGGAGCCAUAAGCCCAAUAUAGGCACCGACCACCCUCCAGUGUGCAGGACCCCAUAGAUUUGUAAAAUUGUAUCACUAAGCUCACGUCCAAAUGCGAUAUCAUGUGAUAUCAUAAACUCAGCAAAAAAAGAAACGUCCCCUUUUCAGGACUCUGUCUUUCAAAGAUAAUUCAAAAAAAUCCAAAUAACUUCACAGCUCUUAAUUGUAAAGGGUUUAAACACUGUUUCCCAUGCUUGUUCAAUGAACCAUAAACAAUUCAUGAACAUGCACCUGUGGAACGGUCAUUAAGACACUAACGGCCUACAGACUUUAGGCAAUUAAGGUCACAGUUAUGAAAACUUAAGACACUAAAGAUGCCUUUAUACUGACUCUGAAAAACCCCAAAAGAAAGAUGCCCAGGAUCCCUGCUCAUCUGUGUGAAUGUGCCUUAGGCAUGCUGCAAGGAGGCAUGAGGCCUGCAGAUGUGGCCAGGGAAAUAAAUUGCAAUGUCCGUACUGUGAGACACCUAAGACAGUGCUACAGGGAGACAGGACGGACAGCUGAUCGUCCUCGCAGCGGCAGACCACAUGUAACAACACCUACACAGGACUGGUACAUCCGAACAUCACACCUGCGGGACAGGUACAGGAUGGCAACAACAACUGCCCGAGUUAAACCAGGAACGCACAAUCCCUCCAUCAGUGCUCAGACUGUCCACAAUAGGCUGAGAGAGGCUGGACUGAGGGCUUGUAGGCCUGUUGUAAGGCAGGUCCUCACCAGACAUCACCGGCAAACAACAUCGCCUAUGGGCACAAACCCACCGUCGCUGGACCAGUCAGGAAUGGCAAAAAGUGCUCUUCACUGACGAGUACUCACUCUGAAUAUGCAAUAUUUGGUAUUGCAAUUUUUUUUCUAUGUUAUUUUUUGGAAAGUAUGUGCCUGGAAUUCUAUUUUAAAUGAAUAACUCUGUCUUUACAGACUUCACAGCAUAUCCCCCUUUUGCCUUGGGAAAGCUGAUUUUGUAUCACAGCAUUCCCGCUGCGGUGGUUGCAUGGGAAGAUGUGCAGACAGGGUAGAUGUUGAAUUUUCUAAAAUGUCUAUCAUUACAGCUUGAUGAUAGUGGAAAGAAGAAAGGAGAUGGAAUGUGAAAUAGGCAUUUCAACGGAAUAGACACAGGCUGGAAUGCGGUUUUAACCAAUCAGCGUCCAGCAUUAGACCCACCCGUAUAAUUACCAGUAUCGUUCUGCCAUGUUCUGCUUGAGCUAACUAACGGUUUUGUAAACAAAGCCGUAUGAUGCGCACCUGUGAUGACGGUUUUAAGGUGUUACAUAUUUAAAUGUUGCAUAAUGUGGAUGACGUUGCAUAAUGUGGAUGAGUCCGUUGGCUGACAUAAUUGCAAGAGAUCUGAAAAUUCUAAGAUGGUGACAGAAGAGGACUGUUGGGGCAGGGACACCUGAAAGGUGGGUUUCUGUGGUAGAAUGGGGGUGGAAGAAGAAGUUGAAGAGAAUGAGGAAAGCAGAGGGUGGAGAUGGCGAUGGGGUGUUGAAGAGAUUGAUGUCAAGUGCAAACAGUGAGCUGUGCGCCAGACAAAGUUCUGGAAGUGAAAUGGAAGUGAAUGAGGGCGAGUUAAGUAAGGUGGAAGGUGUGGUGAAGAGCUCGGAGCCUUAGCCUGGCAUCGAUGGACAUGAUUUAAAAAAAAAUCUGGUCCAGUACGAGUGAACUUUUGGGAGGAAGUGGAUCCUUGCCUUUUGGUGGAUCCAUUUGUGGUUUCAGGAUGGGUGGGGAAGGAGUUGGGUUCACUUGAAUCAGUGAAGGUAACCUGCAGUGGACUUGUGAUAUUUGUUUGUGUUUCUUCUCUCCAGAGGGAGCGGGCGCUCCAACUUGUGUGAAGAUCUGUUUCUUGCUUUCCGCUUAGGAAUAGGGCAUCAUUGAAAGGAAUGAUAUCUGGGGUAGCAAUACGUGUGGAGGUGGAGCAAUUGAAGUUGAAGAUUCCUGGUGUUUGUGACGCCUGCCUUUUGGUGUGGCGCAGACCCGGUGGUGAGCGUGAUGAAACGGAGGAGUUACUGUCAGUCAGAGUUUUUACCUGACAGUCAUGGUAGGAUAUAUCAGGUAUCCUGUUUGAGCUUUUGUGCCGAAUCCACUGUUGUUUCAGGUGCAACUUUUAUGGUCAUGUUACAGCAGUGUGGAGGAGGGAGAUGCCAAGAUGUGGGAAGUGUGCCGGAGGGCAUGGGACAGAGUAUUGUGUAGUUUCGGUGGAUAGAAUUAUGUUUCAACUGUAGGGGGUGCUCGUGUUGCUGAGGAUCGGAGGUGUGCCUUGUUAAGUUAUGGAAUUUCUUUCCUUAAUGUGUUUGAGCCAAUCAGUUGUGUUGUGACAAGGUAGGGGUGGUAUACAGAAGAUAGCCCUAUUUGGUAAAAGACCAAGUCCAUAUUAUGGAGAGAACAGCUCAAAAUAAGCAAAGAGAAACAACAGUCCAUCGUUACUUUAAGACAAGAAGGUCAGUCAAUAUGGAAAAUUGCAAGAACUUUGAAAGUUUCUUCAAUUGCAGUCUCAAAAACCAUCAAGCGCUAUGAUGAAACUGGCUCUCAUGAGGACUGUCACAGGAAAGGAAGACCCAGAGUUACCUCUGCUGCAGAGGAGAAGUUCAUUAGUUACCAGCCUCAGAGAUUGCAGCCCAAAUAAAUGCUUCAGAGUUCAAGUAACAUAUACAUCUCAACAUCAACUGUUCAGAGGAGUCUGCAUGAAUCAGGCCUUUGUGGUUGAGUUGUUGUAAAGGAACCACUACUAAAGGACACUAAUAAGAAGAAGAGACUUGCUUGGGCAAUUGACAUCAGACCGGUGGAAAUCUUUCCUUUGGUCUGAUGAGUCCAAAUUUGAGAUUUUUAGUUCCAACCGCCGUGUCUUUGUGAAACGCAGAGUAGGUGAAUGGAUGAUCUCCGAAUGUCUGGUUCCCACCUUGAAGCAUGGAGGAGGAGGUGUGACGGUGCUUUGCUGGUGACACUGUCGGUGAUUUAUUUAGAAUUCAAGGCACACUUAACCAGCAUAGCUAUCACAGCAUUCUGCAGCGAUACGCCAUCCCAUCUGGUUUGCCCUUACACACCUCCAGGCUGUGUAAGGGCUAUUUUAGCAAGAAAGAGAGUGAUGGAGUGCUGCAUCAGAUUACCUGUCUUCCACAAUCACCCGACCUCAACCCAAUUGAGAUCGUUUGGUAUGAGUUGGACCGCAGCGUGAAGGAAAUGCAGCCAACAAGUGCUCAGCAUGUGUGGGAACUCCAAGACUGUUGGAAAAGCAUUCCAGGUGAAGCUUGUUGAGAGAAUGCUAAGAGUGUGCAAAGCUGUCAUCAAGGCAAAGGGUGGAUGCUUUGAAGAAUCUAAAAUCUAAAAUAUAUUUUGAUGUGUCAUGACUGGCCUGUGAGGAUCAGGUUCCAGUGGAUCACGGUUCUACAGAGAUAUCUCUCCCUCCCGCAGAGGAGAGGUAUAGAGGGAUUUAUGUUUUUUUAUGACACCUCACACCCAUUGUAAAUCUCAAGGCAGCAGACAAAUACUUUUUCCUUUCGUGUUUGGGACUGGAAUGUCUGUGUGGGCCUGUAACAUGCAAUAAAUGGACUUUGGGACAUAUUUCAACAGCCAAAAUGGGGGUAACAAUGAUAGAUGGAAUAUGAAAAUGAAUGUCGAUUUUGUGAUGUCAUUAAAAGUUCAAUGACAACGUUAUAAUGAAAACAUUGUAACUUAAGAGUUUUCAUAACAUGUAUAUGAUGUUUACAUAUUGUGUGUUGUGUAGAAAAUAUCCAGAUCAAAGAGAAUGUUUUUGUAAUGAUGAACUGUGUUUCUAGUUGUCUAAACGAGAUCAUAGUAAGUUCUGAUACCUUGCCUUGUAACUAGCUAUGCCCCAGGGAACCCAGAGAGCGUGGUCUAAAGACAGGAACACCCCUUUCUACCCUGGGGUAUAAAACAUGUGAGUUAACAAUUUUCAUACCAGACUAAGUUGACCGCGCGCUACAGCCUAAGCAUAAUUUACAAAUGUAUCCAAGUGUGCUUUUCUCUCUUGCACUUUCUCUCUCUUUCUCUCUCUUUCUUUAAAUCUCCAUCUUGUGUAACACGUGUCAUAUUGUGUUGGUCCGCUAGAGACUUGUUGACAUUGUAUUAAGUUCUACCCAAUAACUUAGACUGUUUUGUGUAUGUGUAUCUUAUGUUAUAAUUUAGCUUGUUAGUAAAUAAAUCAACUUAAUUUGUGUGGUACGCUACGUUAUUUCCUCUCUGUAAAUGGUAUUCUUAAUGUUAAUCAAUCCGGAUUCAGACCUAAACAUAGCACCACUACGGCUACCAUGCUUGUUGUAAAUAAUAUUGCAAAUGCCUUAGAUUAUAGAAAUAAUUGUGCUGCCAUGUUUGUAGACUUGUCAAAAGCUUUGUCAAAUGACUUGUCAAAUGAGUAAAGAUGAAACUAUUUGCAAAA